AUGAGCCAACCCACUCCUCCGUCUAAUACCGCUGGUCGAAGCCAAAGACAAGCCCAAAGCCCCUUCACGCUGGCAGCUAGUGGGGGGAUGACUGAGGACAGGGUGAAUGAGUGCCACCUAGCCGUGACCAAGUACAUAGUGAAAGGCCUAAACCCCUUUGCAACAGUGGAGUCCAAGGGCUUUAGGAGUUACCUCAGUAACACAUUCAUUCCUAUCUGGCAUGGUGUAGAAAAGGCCGAUGUGAUCACUGAGCUGAAGGAUGUGUCAGAGCUGGCCAUCACAUCAGACGGGUGGACCAACUUCUGUGCAGGGGGCUGGUCUCCCCAGGACAGCGACAACUACCCGUGGCUCCAGGUGGACCUGGGCAGCCGGAAACAGGUAGUUGCCGUGGCAACGCAGGGCAGGUACAGCAGCUCUGAUUGGACGACGAGGUACAGGCUGCUCUACAGCGACACGGGCAGGAACUGGAAGCCCUAUCAUCAGGAUGGAAACAUAUGGGCGUUCUCAGGCAACUCCAACACAGAGAGCGUGGUAAGACACGACCUGGCGCAAGGCAUUGUGGGCCGGUUGCUGCGUUUUGUACCGCUGGACUGGAGUGGAGAGGGACGCAUCGGCCUCCGCAUAGAGGUCUACGGCUGUUCCUACUGGGCAGACGUAAUAAACUUUGAUGGACAGGGAGUUAUAUCGUACCGAUUUAAGGUGAAGAAGAUGAAGAUCAUAAAGGAUGUGAUCGCUCUGAAGUUUAAAACGUGGGAUAGUGAAGGAGUCAUUCUACAUGGAGAGGGACAGCAAGGAGACUAUAUUACAUUAGAGCUACGCAAGGCCAAACUCCUCCUGCAGAUUAACCUAGGCAGUAACCAGUACGGUUCGAUCCUGGGCCACACCUCUGUGACGUCUGGAAGCCUAUUGGAUGAUCACCACUGGCACUCUGUGAUGAUUGAACGAUAUCGACGCAACGUUAACUUCACCCUGGACACACACACACAACACUUCAGGACCAACGGAGAGUUUGACCAUCUGGAUCUAGACUACGAGUUGAGUUUUGGUGGCAUGCCCUACAGUGGUAAGCCAAUGGGAGGGGGGAUGAAGAACUUCCGAGGCUGUAUGGAGAGCAUCAACUACAACGGAGACAACAUCACUGAUCUGGCACGACGCAAGAAGCUAGACACCUCCAGCUUUCGUAAUCUGUCAUUCUCUUGCAUGGAGUCUCACUCCUUCCCAGUUUUCUUCAACGCCACCAGCUUCCUGCAGCUCCCAGGAAGAGCCAAUCAGGAUGUAGUAUCACUUAGAUUCCAGUUCCGCACCUGGAACGCCAACGGACUCCUCCUCUUCAGUAACCUUGACGACGGAACGCUUGAGAUCGCCCUUGACGACGGGAAGAUGGGAGUUCACUUCAACGUGACGCAGACGAAGAACACCAGGAUAGCAAUAUCAUCAGGUUCAGGCCUUAACGACGGCCAGUGGCACGCGGUGCAUCUAGUCGCUAAGGAGAACUCUGUCAUGUUGACGAUCGAUGGAGACGAAGCGUCAGCGGUCCGAACCACAACGCCUAUCAUCAUCAGGACUGGUGGAACAUACCAUCUGGGAGGGUACUUCCUGCCUACCUUAGCACCUCCCACCCAGAAGUCGUUCCAGGGCUGCAUGCAGGCAAUUCUGUUGGAUGAUCAGCUGGCGGAUAUGCAUGCCGUGGAGAAAGGCAUUGUGGGAGUGUUUGAGAACGUCAGCUUGGACAUGUGUGCCAUCAUAGACAGGUGGUUCACAUUUCUUCAGUCAUAUAAAUAUUAAAUCUUUCUCCAAUCAAUUUAUCUCUGUGAUGCUGAAGCAGUGUUACAUUAAAUUAACUCCCUCUCUGAUGUUGAAGCUGUGUUACAUUCAAUUAACUCCCUUUCUGAUGCUGAAGCUGUGUUACAUUAAAUUAACUCCCUCUCUCAUGUUGAAGCUGUGUUACAUUAAAUUAACUCCCUUUCUGAUGCUGAAGCUGUGUUACAUUAAAUGAACUCCCUCUCUGAUGUUGAAGCUGUGUUACAUUAAAUUAACUCCCUCUCUGAUGUUGAAGCUGUGUUACAUUAAAUUAACUCCCUUUCUGAUGCUGAAGCUGUGUUACAUUAAAUUAACUCCCUCUCUGAUGCUGAAGCUGUGUUACAUUAAAUGAACUCCCUUUCUGAUGCUGAAUCUGUGUUACAUUAAAUUAAAUCCCUCUCUGAUGCUGAAGCUUUAUUACAUCAAAUAAACUCCCCAUAAAGUGAGGUGUGUUUGACUAAUAAAUUGACAGAAUGAGCAUCAGUAGUAUUUAUAAUAUAAUAAGACUUUGAGAGAGUUUGGUGUCAAUCCUUCACAUUUCUUGUCUGUUCAAAUUUGUGUUAUGUUGGAUUGUUGAUAUUGCUGGUCACAUAAACAGAUUCACUGUAAACAUUACACUCGCAAAAGUUCCAAAAACAAUAAAGACAUUUCAAAUGUCA